AUGUGGCUUUGUAACACAAUUUAUGAAAUGGUGCUUGGGAUUGAGUACAAUAUUAAUAUGAUAGAGACAGCUAUUUUACCAUGGUAUUGAGUUUGUAAUAAUACUUUGUUUCCUUUCAGUUCAAUAUUUACAAAAAACUAGAGAAUCAUUAUGUAUUUUAGUUCCAAUAUUACUCUUAAUGUUGAAUGUUGUAAGUAUGUAUUUUUCAUAUCAUAGUUAUUAUAUCUGCAGCGAAUUAAGAAAGACUUUUUCUAUUCCUACUGCCGAUUUAAAUAUAUGAUAGCUUAAAUAGAAAUGAAACUAAGAGAUAUUAUUUCAUCAUCUGUAAAGUAUUACACUUUGUUUCAUUAUGUGUUUGGAAAGUCAUUCAAAAUUUAAAUAAUGGUUAACCAAUUGUUAUAAUAUUUAUUCUAAUCUUAUUCUCUUUAGUUAUCCCAAAAGAGCAAGACAAAUAAUUAAAACGAAAUGAUACUGACUUUGAGGAUACAAUACACAUUAGAACAAAUUCUGAUUCAGAUCGUUUAUAGGAAAUGCAAAAUAAUUUGGUAGGCAUAAUCAAAUUUGAUUGGACAUAUAACAUUAUUAUGUGCAAUUCGAGAGCUCAUAAUAUACUAAAAAACAUAAAAAUUUAAUAUAUUUUAGAAAGUCCUGUGAUUUCAAUAGACAAAUAGACCAAAUCAUUGUUAUAAGAUUAAUUUAGUUGUAAAUUCCCUUCAAUUUAAGAUUUAAAAGAACUUUAAAAUAGUUAUACUUUAAAAGAACUCUUGGAAUAAAUUAAAUAAAUUUAAAAAUAUCCAUAUGAAUUUGAAGUUUUUUGUAUAAAAGGAUAUAAUGACUUUUAUUUAAAAAUCUUUAUUUUUGAUUGUAAAUCCUUCACAAUUGUAUUAUAAAAUGUAGGUGAAUACAAAUUAUAGAUUAAAAAAGUAUUUACAUAAACAACAAUGCAAUAAUUAUUUAAAAGCUUUAGUCAUGAAUAUAAUACAUCAUUAAAUUAUAUUCUUGCUUUGGCUUAAGUUGCUGAAUGUCAUAAGCAAGUACCAAAAUAUAUUUAAGAAUAAUUUUUUAAACCAAUAUUAGCAAAUGGAAAAGUUAUGCAUAGUAUGGUAUUGGAUAUGAUGGAUUAUAACAGUAUUUUAGGUAAAACAUUUAGUUUAGAGGUUUCUCAUUUUAAUAUUUAAGAACUUAUUUUAGAAGUAAUAUCUCUUUUCAAGGAUCAAAUAAAGAAAAAGAAUCUUGAUAUUGAAUUUGAAAACAAUCUAUAAGUUACAGAAAUCUUAUCAGAUAAGAAUAGAAUUAAAUAAAUAUUAAUUAAUCUUUUGUCUAAUGCAUAAAAAUUUACACUUCAUGGUAGCAUAAGAAUAAGAGCGGAAAAUUAAAUUUUAAAUUAAAAACAUUAAGAAAUAAUAUUUCAUGUUUAAGAUACAGGAAUAGGAAUGACAAAAGAGGAAUAGGAACGUUUAACAUUAUUAUUAUAAUCAGGAGUACCAUCUAUUUCAAAGAUCUCAAAAAAUACUGCUGGUUUUGGAUUAGGUUUAUUUAUUAGUAAUAAAAUUGCAGAAGCAUUAUCUUAAUAAAGAUAUGAAAAAGGUGGAGGAUUGAGAUUUGAAACUUAAACUGGUAAAGGAUUUCAUUGUUGGUUUUCUGUUUACCAUUAAAUUGUAAGUCCUUCUAUAAAACCAAAUAAUCCAAGAAGUCCUUUGGUAUUAUUAAAUAAAAAAGUUAUUAUUGACACAAGACAAACCUAAGUAAAUGCUGGUGUUGAACAUCUACGAAUGACUCAAAUGAGAUCUAAAUUCUCACAUUUACUCAAUAAUAAAGUACCUUAUAGUGAGUAAAAUUUAAUACGAGAAAGAAGACCUCAUAAUAAACUUAAAUUAGUUUAAAAAUUAAUUGAUGCUGUUUCUGAAGAUUCAGUCAAUAAGGAAUGUUCAAUUGAUGAAUAUUAAAAUAGGAUUAAGUAUAUUAAAACAUCUAGCUAAUAAUAAUAAUAAUAAUAAUAAUAAUAAUAAUAAUAAUAAUGCUAAAUAAAAGUUAAUUAAUAAAAUUUAGAUUGUCGUUGUCCAUCAAUUUUAAUUGCAGAUGAUGAAUAAAUUAAUAUUAUGGCAUUAUCUAUUUUAUUAGAGUAAUUCAAUUUAACUUCAGAUUAAGUAUUUAAUGGAAAGGAAUGUGUAGAUUUGAUAUUUUCAAAUUAAAAAAAAAGUAUAUUUUUUUGAUAUAUAUAGCAUAUUGUAGUAAAUGUAGUGAUAAAUAAUAUCAACUUAUUUUUAUGGAUAUAAAUAUGCCUCUUUUAGAUGGAUGGGAGGCAUCUAGACAAAUAAAAAAGAAAUGUUCAAUCUCUAUAAUUGCUUGUACUGCAUUUACUGAUAAUGAAACAAAAGAAUAAUGUUAUUAAAAUGGAAUUGAUUAUUACAUCUCUAAACCAGUUAAAAAGGAUUCUUUAGCAUAAGUGCUUCAAUAUUACGAUAUUCUUUGA